AUGCCAUGCCGCUUGCUGGCCGCAUGCCUGGCAUGGCAAAGCCUGGCGUUGGAGCUCACCAAAGACUCAUGGGAGGAGAUGACCAACAGAAAGCGGGUCUUUGUGAAGUUCUUCGCCCCUUGGUGUGGCCACUGCAAGAGGCUAAAGCCAGCCUGGGAGAAGCUUAUGCAGGAGUAUGCCGAGCAUGACAGCAUCCUCGUGGCGGAAGUGGAUUGCACUGGCGCUGGCAAAUCCAAGUGUGAUGAUGCGGGGGUUGAAGGUUUCCCUACCCUCAAGAGACUUGAUGGCAGUGGGCAGGACAUUUUUAGCCGAUCUUUUCAGGCAGAAUGCCAUCCCUCCCCAAGCACCUGCCGGACUUGUAGAGCUGCCACUUGA